AUGCGUGAACUUCAAAGUGGUAAAGUAGUGGCCGCCGUGGUGGCAGUACUGGAAAAACAGAAGAAAAGCGACGGCGAAACGUCAACGAGGUUCGACGGAGAGACGCGAGCCAAGCGGCAGCAGCAAAACUCAGCGGCAGGAACCAAAAAUAGCAGCAACUUGCUGCUAGACCGAAACUUCGAAUCCGCAGUCAAAGAUUUCGACAGUGUCGCUGAAGAUGUACAGAAUAUCGUGCAGGCUUCUUCAAACACGACCAAACCUGGCUUCAUAGCAAGACAAAACUGGUUGUACAAUAGAAAAUCAAAUUUAAUGAAGUCCAAAAAAAUUAAUGAUGAUGGGAGCAGUUCCAGUGACUAUACAUCGUCUGACAGUGAUUUGGAACAAGAACACCUUGUCAAUGAUGUUCUUGAUACAAUAACCGAAGAAGAUAGAAGAACCAACAGCAGCGCUUCCGCAUCAUUCAGAGGUGCUGAGGAGAACGAGUCAAGUCUUGAAGAUGACUCGACGAUAAAAGACCAUAACAUCUGGUCUCAAAAUUCAUCACAAAAUGGGUCCACAUCAGAUAUUUCAAGCAGUUCAGCUGAAAAACCUGUAACCCUUAAAGACAGUUCCACCAGAUGCAACAGCGAUUUCCAAUGGAUACGUAAAGAAUCUCCCUUGAAUAGUUCAACCAAAAAAACAAUGGAAGAAUCAGACUUACCUCUCACAAUCAAACUGGAGGAAAAAGAUGCGAUAAACGCUUCCAACUCCAAACCUCCUUUAAGUAGAUCGCUGAGGGAUCGCACCCCCAAGAGGGAGAAGAUCGCCAAAACUGCGCCGGGCAGUCUGGACAGAAGGCGCAUAAGUCAGGGGAAUCGCCAGGAUAGAGAUCAAAAAUCUCGGUCCACUCACAUGCUCAAAAGUCCACCCAGAUUGGACGAUUACACCAACAGCGGUUACCCUAGCGUCUGCCAGAAUAGCUGUUGUUCGCCACAAGAGGGUCACUGCUUGGAGAACUUCCACCGAAGACACGAGCGUCUGGAUCCGCAGCGCUACGGCAGCUCGCCCAUGCUCAUGGACCACGGGCCUCGCACUUUCAGCGACAGAGGGAGCCACCCGGACAUCUUCUCCGACUGCGCCAGUCGCUUCAGGCACGAUACGUUGCCGUCCUGUUGCCAACCGUACCACGUGGCGCCCCCUUGCUGUUUCUACGGCGACAGGGGGUACCAUUGGAUGCAACCCCCCUAUCCCAAGCCUGGAGAGCAAGAUGAGAAGUUCAGGAAGGUUCAGUACGAGAGGGACAACUUAGUAUUGCAAGUCCAGGUUCUUACGGAGCAAAUUGAGGCGCAGUCUGAUAAAAUAUCGGACUUGGAAAAGAUGGUUCAAGAUAAAAAGUAUCAUUUGACUGAGGCGGAAGAGAAUCUACAAAGGGAAAUUUUAUCCAGAUCCUCCCUUGAAACGCAAAAACUGGAACUGAUGACAAUAAUGAGCGAGCUGAAGCUACAAAAAGCGGCCCUCGAGCGGGAAAAUCUGGAACUAAGAAACAGCCACUACAACAAUCAGGACCUCAAAAAACCUCCUGUCAUACCGAGAAUGUCGCCUCAACCUCAAAUCACAUCUACACCCGUACAAAACAAUCAGAAUUUAAGGAUGUCUCCUUCGCCAAGUCCGGUUACAACAGCAAAUAGUCCUAGGAGGGAGUCGCAGGAUAAUCAUUCUAAGCCAUACAAACGUCAGAUCGACGUCCAAUACGGCAGCCUGCCGCGGCAGCAGUUCCUCAGCAACGGCACCCAACCGACAGGUGGCAGCACGCACAGCGUUAACAACGCUGACUCCAAUGCCAACUUGUCGAACGGCGUAGCGCAAAACCAACGCAACCACAAGGGCGUCGCUUUCGGUAGGACGCUCUACUCUCUGGUCGGGGUGAAAAAUCGGGGAUUUUCCGUUCCGAACCUAGCGGAAACCGACAAAGUCAUCGAAGACGUCGCGUGCGAUUCGCCGGGAUCUCCCAACCUGUUCGGCAAGAACAACAAGGGCAUCAAGAAGAUCUUCGGCCGCAUGAAGCGCUCCGGAAGCGGAAAUUUGGAGGACUUGCCGGGCAUCAACGAGUUCCAGAGGGGCGGCGUGCGCGCCACCGCCGCCGCCAGGCUGGGCUGGAGCGAGCCGCACCUGAUGCCGAAACCUGACAAGCCGUUCGCAGAGUGGGACACCGAGAACAUUUGCGACUGGCUGCAGGACCUCGGUCUCGACCAGUACAUCACCGAAGCGAAACGCUUCGUAAAAUCCGGGCAGCAUCUUCAAGAAACCGGCAUCAACGAAAUCGAAAAGGAAUUGAACAUCAAAAACCCGCUGCAUCGCAAAAAACUUCAGCUGGCUCUCAUCGACACUGACGUGAACAGUUCGAGCGACCCCUACCUGUCCAUGGCGGGAAAAUUGGACACCGCCUGGGUGCUAAGGUGGCUGGAUGACACAGGUCUUCCUCAGCACAAAGAAAACUUUUUGAUAAACCGCGUGGACGGCCGAGUUUUGCACAGAUUAACAAUUGACGAUCUGGCGCUGUUGCAUGUCACAUCGCUUUUACACGUUGCCAGUAUUAAAAGAGGGAUACAAGUUUUACGAGAAAACAAUUACGAAUCGGGUUGCCUGCAGAGGAGGUCGCUACCUGAUGAUCCGUGUCAACCUACGCCUAAAGACAUAUCCUUGUGGACCACACACAGGGUUAUGGAAUGGCUGAGAGCGGUCGAUUUGGCGGAGUACGCGCCUAAUCUGCGCGGAGCAGGCGUGCACGGCGGGCUGAUGGUGUUCGAAACGAAAUUCACGGCCGAGCUGUUGGCGGCCCUGCUCUCGAUACCGCCGGGGAAAACCCUGCUGCGCAGGCACCUCAACACGCACUUCAAAGAGCUGCUGGGCAAGGAUUGCAUACAGGAGAAGCGCGAAGCUGAAGCCACCAUGGGGUACAUUCCCUUGACGCCGGCUUCGAAAUUAAAGGUUCCGAAAAAAUCUCAGUUCUCGUUAAAACGCAAAAAAAGCAAAGGCGAAGCGGACUACGGCGAUUUAGUGUGUCCGCUUAACCCGGACAAAUCAGGUGAAAUAAAUGGCUCAACUCUUAAUAGCUCGAUUGGUAUGACGAGGACAACAGAUCUAGAGGACGGGGUUGCCUAUCGUCACGUUGACUUUAGAGGGGCCAGAUCGCUGCCAUCUUCCAUUGGAAACUCCCCCGUGCCCCAGAGACACGUUUAA